AUGGAAACAACUAAUCAGGACUUCUCUGACUCUGAAACUCAAAUCGACCCUCUUUCUUCUUUUUCCUUCUCUACUUCUUCUACUACUACCUCUUCUUCUUCUUCACCGUCAUCUCCUUCCUCGAACGACUCCAAUUUCUCUCCUUCCCCAUCUUCAGAUCACAAUAGCAAGUCCCACAAGCGCAGUCACGAAAACAACUACGGCGAUUCGACAGCUGCGGCCAACGAAGAAGUCAGGGGCGGCCGCACCAGCAAGAAGGCCAAGACAGGGGAUCACCACGCGAAUGCAGCAGACCCAUCCUACCGAGGAGUGAGAAUGCGGCAAUGGGGGAAAUGGGUGUCGGAGAUUCGAGAGCCCAGGAAGAAAUCAAGAAUCUGGCUCGGGACCUUCGCCACGGCCGAAAUGGCGGCUCGAGCCCACGACGUGGCUGCUCUGGCCAUCAAGGGUGAAUCGGCUCACCUCAAUUUCCCCCGGCUGGCUCACUUGCUUCCCCGCCCUGCUUCCGCUUCCCCGAAAGACGUCCAAGCAGCCGCCGCAUUGGCAGCCAACUUGGACGUCAAGGAAGCAGACCGCGUCGGGGAGAGCAAUGGCGCCGAUCACGACGACGAUCAGCUGCCAGAGUCUGUCGUCGAGGAUGAUGGCGACGACGAUACGUUCGUCGAUUUGCCGGAUCUCUCGCAGGACGCGAUCGACCGCGAGGUCUGCGUCUUGUCGAUGAGCUACUGGCGGAUGUUUGAUGCAGAGGGUUUGGGUUCGGGAUCGUUCUGGGAAGCAGAGGAAUCAAGUUUGCAGCUGCCAUUCUUUGGUUCCAGGUGA